UUAUUUUCAAAACAUUCUACAAAAAAAUGUUUUUCAAGACCAAACCCAGCCGUCCCUUCCUGCUACUGUUGAUUAUUGUGCUAUGGAAUCAACUCUUUUUUUUCAGUUUAAAAGUCAAGUUCUUCAAAAAUUACUACUACAACACGAAACCAAUAAGGAUCAACAAACUCGUUUUUUUCUAAGUUAUAUGACAUAUGUUUGGAAACCAGCGACCGAGCAAUCUUUCGCACAAUAUUGGGAGUCGUGUUUAGCUGUAUCGAUCGAAACGUUAUUUACCAAAUAUGUACACUCUCUUUGCGCAUUUAAAAACAGUAUGGAUAAUCCUUCUUUAAACGAAGACUAUCAAGCCGCUUAUUUGGAGAAUAUUAAAUCAUUUAAUAAAGUUGAUCUAUUCGGUUUACCGUUCGAUUUUCUAAAUGAGUCGUAUCACCUUAAUCUAUUAUCACCAAAAGAGACUGAAUUAGGGGAUAUAGGCAAAGGAUUAACCUAUGAAGAAAUUUUUAAACUCAUUCUUCAAUUCACUCUUUUAAUUCCGGUCAAUAAAAUAACCUUGAACUUUUCACUGAAAUCGUUCACUACAGAGUUGUCAUCAUUAAACGAACUAAAUUUUAAAUGUAUUGUUCGUUUAUUUUUGGAAUUACCUUACGUUCCGUCUUAUGCCUUUCAUGUAUUAUACGAUUUCGCGUUGAUGAACCACCGACUACGUAAAAUCACUUUUGCUAUUUUAUUUAAAUACCUUCGUUCCACGGAAAGGCCAACAUUGAAAAAACGAACAGCGUAUCAAUUAAUUCUUCACUUGGCAUGCGCCCAAGAAUGUGACGCUCGACAGGAUGUGUUAACCUUCAUAAAUCGUCAGAUCAUUAAUAAUCCAUCCUCCUUAGCCCACGUACAUGAUUUAAACGCUACUGAAAGACGAUUUCAAGACGAAUGGAGCAAUCUCCAAGCUACGACCGUUUGGCUCGAAUUUUUCGCUAUUUCGCUCCUACGAUAUAUCAUUGAAGAAUUCGCGCUAGUGAUCAAAAACCCCGACACCGAUCUCUAUUCUGAUGCAUCUUGGCCUAUACUAAAUGUUACCUCACCAAACCAACAUUUAAAGAAAAUGUGUGAACAUUACUUUCGUCCUCUCAUACGAUCACAAAUUGCGGAUGUCGUCACACAACAUGACAGUAUCAUUGGCAUAAUUCAACGCUUUGGUAGUUUAUUAAGUUUAUUGUGUUAUCAUCGGUCACAUUUACUUAAUAUUUUAAUGAGUGCAUAUGGCUUAUCAACAUGUAUCAGUCCUGUUUUAGCUGAAGCACUUCAGCAACAUUUUUUAGAGACACUUCAAUGCAUACCAAAAGAACAUUUGUCUGUAUUGAUUCCUUUGAUCAACUUUAAAGACGCUCGUUUUACUUUUCUCUACAAGGAUAUUUUAACUAUCCUGGUCGAUUCCGUAUGUGAACAGUCCGCUGACUUAGCUAUAACCGUAUCUGAAAUCGUAAAUGUUGGUCUUCUAGCAUACAAGUCCACACAAUGCAUUCAACUCGUCGUACCAUUGCUACCCUGUUUACCAAAGUUGGAAGCUGAACAUUUUUUUAAACAGUGCAUUUUAUCUUCUGAUCAGCAGUGUGCAUCUCUAUCGAUUGAGCGUGUAUUACACUAUGCUUCAAGAAAAGAUACCCUCUCUAAAUGUGUUUCAUUUAUACCUUGUGAUCGUAUUUUGUACAUUCUUUGCCAAUCGGGAGAAGAAGUUUUUGAUUCAUCUUCUCUUUCUUUUUCUUAUAUUCUUCACGCUUUAGACAAAUGUGUGACAAUAGCUAGGCACCAGUCAACCAUAUUUCCUCCACCAGUAUUUUUAACAUUUUUAGGUGAACUUGUUGACCAAUUUUCAAACUCAAAUGGCAGAAACAAACUUCCACGUAUUUUUGGCUACCUUCUUGUUUCUAUUACAAAGAAAUUACCAUCGUUACACAACUCCAUUUUAUCCGAUAUCUUUCCUUUCCUUUUCAAAUCAUACUCGAACGAUUCGCAUUGCAAUAUCUGGAACGACCCCACAAAUUGGGAGGGCGUGUGUGAUUCUAUUUUAUAUUUUUGGAAUAGUACACCCACCAACAUAAGUGACGAUUCAAUAUCCAACAAUAGUAAGAGGCUAAUUCGUCAAAUUUUAUCUCAACUGCCCAGACUGCCUUUGAAACAUUUACUCCAGAAAACAAAUAUCACACUAUCAGCUUAAGCUAUUAUUUCAUAUCUAUAAUGGUUUAGCCAUUGUUUAACAUAAAGGCUUUCCUUUUUUGUCUUUCAAGUACUUUCCUUUUUAUUGUGAAUACUACUUCGUCUUUGUAAAUGAGCAUUUGCAUUUCCGUAGUUUGGCUAUCAAAAUAAAAAUUGAUACAUUUAUCACUUGUGCAACAGCCAACCAUGGAAAUACGCAUAAGUAGAUAAACUACUGUAUGCCGUGAUGUAGUGUUUUGUUUUCUUUAGCUUAUUUUUAUUGAUAUAAAAGCAUGUUAAAGCCAAACGAAAAUAAAUCACCGUUUAAGUUAUUGUUUUUUUAACUUCAACUUUAAUACAUUUAAUAAAACAUA